AUGGAAUACGACUCGGAAUCCAGCUGCGAGGGCCGUCGUCUGAGGGACUUGGACAAUCCGGACGAGUCGGCGCGUUUGACGCCGGCGCGCGAAAGAUGCGACGACGCCUCGGCCUCGUGCCACUCGCCGCCGCCGCCGCCGGUCGACCCGUCCAAGUUCAGGUCGCACCUAUCCGGCAAGAAGAGCCUCUCCGCGCAGGUAAUGGAAUAUUAUCGCAAGUAUUCCCGAGAUCCGAAUUUGGAUCAGUAUUUCUCGCUACCUGUGUCAAAUACUCCACAGGAGGCUAUUAAGUAUUAUUACAGCUUGUACGAAUUGAACACCCAAGUGGAUACCUCCAGCAGGCAGGGCUGCGUCGGAGAGGAGUACAAUUUAAAGCCCUGCGCGCCGAAAGAAAGGCGCAAGUGGAUAAGACCCCCGUUGAUCGGGCAGUCCUCGAACACGGAUCAUCCUCUGGAUCAGUCCUCGUCCAGGUAUAUUCAACCAUUGACAGAUAUCCAGACACCAUCGCCUGAUCUCAAGCGUGUUACACCUGAGACGAUACACGAGGAGAGAAACGAGAGUCAGGAGAAGUUUCCAGAGGCGAAUGAGAGAAAGCAGUCAUCUCCGACCUCCAGUGUAGCAUCCUAUAAGCCACUGGAGUGGGACAGCGGCGCAGACGUUGGUUACUUUAAUUCACACGCUCAUAAUAAGCAAGACGAUAAAAAGUUAAGCACUAUAGAACGUAUGGCUCUAGCACGAGGAUGCUCCGCUGCCUUACGGUUAGACCCAGAGGGUACUACUGAAUCCGGAAUGCAAUCCGGGAAGAACGCGACGACGCAGAGUGGUUCAAAAGCGUCCACGGUUCCUGACGCGAACUCCACGCCAUUAAUUGGAAAUAUUUCGGGAUCAGAGAGCGAGAUAGAGAUAACACCUAUUGUAAAGAGUCAUUUGCCAGGCAUUAUAACGGGAGAUGACAUAAAGUCGCAAGAGCGAUGCGUUCCAAGUGACUCAGUGCAAUUGAAAGCUGUAGUAAGGCCUACCAGAUUGGAGAUACACGACACGCCCACGUCGGCGUUUAAAGUUCCAUUAGCGAAACAUUCGACGGUGGAGAAAAGGAUUGUAAAUAAACGCAAGGAAGUCAUUCGUCCAUCGAGUUCGCCAUUGAAGAAGAGCAUCUCGAUGAACGUAAUAUCCCCCCCGUUAUCAUCAAAAUGUUCGUUGAAGAGGAGCCAGAGCGAAGUAAAUCUACAUGCUAAAGAGAGAAAAACUGUAUUUCCUCUAAUCUUUAAUUCCACGUCCUCCAUCUCUACUGUAGUGAAUAAACCCGCCACUUGCGACAAGGUGAUACAAACAAGUCCUGAUGUGUGCACUCAGGAAUCCAUUGGCGUGCAGGUUUCGGAUCUCGAAGAGGCGAAACCGUCGACAGUGGAGAAGGAGCCUAAUCUGCAAACGGCGAUACAUUCUAUUUUGAAAAGGUCUAAAGGUACAUAUAAAGUUAAAAAUCCAAGAAAAUGCGACGUUUCACGUUCGACAGGCGACGCCGAGGUCAGCGCGGACACGAAGGAGAGCCAGAAACGUCAAAAUAGCUCGGACAUCUCGCAGAAUGCAUCCACCUCGGCGACACCGCAACCCGACGAGACGGAAAACGUAUCCGGGAGAGCCAAUAGUUUCGAGUAUUUUCCGGGGCAUACAUACGCGAACGUUCCAAACGAAAGGGACAGUCGCGUUUCCUCGGACACCGGUAGGUCAAACUCGACAUUGCCAAACAGCAGUUCCAGUGUCAACGAUAAGCUCUGGGGAGAUUCGGACAGCUUGGUUCGAGAUCUGGAGAGAAGCGUUAACAUCUUGAAGAGUCUCGUCGACGCUAACAAAUGCGACAAGCAGGUUAAGAAAAGACUGAUACAGCAUGUGAUUAAGCGACUCGUAACUGCGAAGUAUACAGAUGACAAGAUAGAACAUAAUUUGGAGGAUAACGUUCCCUGGAAUCCGGACGAUGCCAGGAACAAGGUAUACCGGGCCGAACUGCUUCAGGCCCUGACGAACAAGCAUAGCACCACUGAGUCCUCGGAUGAGUGGAACCUGCAGAAGAAGGACGUGUCCAUGCAGAAGUCGAUGGGGACUACCAGCGACGUCAUAAAGGAAGUCGCGUUAGAGAGUAGUAACAGCGACAAGUUCGACCGACAUACAGAUCGAACGGAAAUGGACGGAAGGAAAGCGCGAUUAGGACUGAGAACGGAUGACUGUCAGCAGACUAGCAAUACACCAACGGAUCCCGAUAAGAGCGAGAGUUCCGAAUGCUUUGUGCCUCAACGUAAUCAUAAGAACGCUAAGGUAAACGAUAUAUUUUGUUUCAAGGAGAACUGCAAAUUACCGCAUAGAGAGUCGACCACGACGAACAGUAUACCACCAGAUCACAACAGGAUCUUACUGGACGCCGUCGUGAAUAACAGAAGAACGCCAGUCGAGUCCAACAAUAACACGGAUAAUAAUACCGACUGGAGAUUACCAACGACGUCGUCUGAAAGGCAAUUUGAAUUGAAGAAGUGCAGCAUGUCCGAAUCCGGUGAUUCCAAGCUCGUUAAUUACGCCGAGAUGGAGAAAAGGAACCAACUUAUUUGGAUUACAAACGAGAUUAGCCAUCUCUGUAAUUUAAAAAAAUUGCUGGAACAACCCAGGCGAUUGGAAAGACCAAAAUCCUCACCAAGAAAAUCUAAAUCGGCUAAUCUCAAGUCAAAGCAGACAGCGAUACUUAGGCGGGAACAACACGCGGAUGCCAUGCAGAGGAAUGUGUCUGAUUUGCGGGAAGAUUCCGUUAACGAACCAUGGUCGUCUCACUGCAAUUUGGCGGCGUGUGAAGCCGCUGGCGAUAAUAUGGUCCAGAAGAUCAUGAAACGCAAUAGUUGCACGCAAACCGCCAUAGGCGUGACCAGUGCUUAUUCUAAGACCGGCGGGGAGAUCGUGUCUACCGGCAGAACGCGGAGAUCCGCAACGAAGCAUCUCACAGUCGGCGUGCAGACGUUAUCUCGAGAAACAUCAUCAACAUCGGUGACGGCAGAGUCCGACAUAUACAAUGCGAAUCCUCAAAAGCCAUGUGCGCAUUAUCAAAACGGUACCAAGUGCAGAGAUCAGUCGUGUCAAACGCACUCCACUUCGAUUGUACAACAGACGUGCGCACGAUGUAAACAGAGUUCAUCCGAAACUGCUUUGAUCAGAUCACGAAAGGGUCAUCCAGAAGACGUACCAGCCGUCUCGCAGCAGACACAAACGAAUUAUGUGAGCGAUAACAGCGCAACAGAGUCGGUUCAUCAUCGUACGUCGCAAAGUAGCAGCGUCCAGCCAAAACAGAAAGAGACUAAGAAUCAAAUCAAUGCGUCAAAAUCAAAAUGUAAUUGUGCACAUAGCGUUUAUCCGUCCACAGUUGAUAACAAGGGCGGUACGAACAUCGUUAAAGCUAAACGGACUGAAUAUUACAAACGAUCAUUUACGACAUGUCCAUUGUGUUUCAAACAAAAGCCUGUUAUAGAUGUUAAUAAUACCGUUUGCAGUGUAUGUCAAAAGAAUCCUUCCUGUACUCACGAUAACAUUUCAGAGAUAGAACAAACCUGUGGAAAUGCUUGCGAGUGUGACGUCUCUGCUAAUGACGCGGGUAGAAGGAUUGUCAUUGGAAAAUCUCGACAAAACUACAACGCGGAAAGCCAGAAUAGAAUGCGCGCGCUAAAUUACAGCGAACAGAGCGACACGGGAAAGAUUUGUAAUUGCACAAAAGAUUGUGCUACAUGCCAUAAUUCGGGAACCACAGAAACACUGUGCGAAUGUUAUACGAACGAUAAAAUCGACAAUAAUGGCUUGCGCCGUUUUGACUGUUACUUAAAGAUAGGAGAGCGUCAACCGCAGGCACAAAUUUACUCUGACAGUUCGCAGAAUAGCGACGUGAAUCAACAACGUAAAGUACAAAGUAACUUAAAAUGCAAUUGUGGUGAGGCUUGCUCCUGUAGUAAUAAUCAAGCGAAAGACGUUGUCAAAGGGAAAGCGUGCAAGAGUUACAUAUCCAAACCAAAUUACGUGGACGAUACCAGUAUUAAUGAGACUGAGAGAAAUUACAAACAUUGCCGCAUGUGUGGUGCCAUGUAUCAAAAUACUAAAAAAUGUAGUUGUCGUCAAGCGUAUCCCAAAGCUGUCGCGUAUGAAUUAUCGUUUACAAAAGCAAAUGCCUCGAAAAAUGAAAUCUCAGAUAUGCCAAAAGUCUUCAAACAACCGUCAAAUAUAGCAAAAUCUGAUGGCUGCCCUUGCGAUAUUAUGAAAAGAAAUAACGCCAGCAAGGGUCUUCAUCAAACGAGUACAUUACAGGAUUAUUUAUCUAGGAAUAAUCCUGAAUUUGUGGGCAAUGCGGAAACACGCCGACAGUAUUUGUCGGAAAUAUGCCAAUUGCGUGAAUUGAGAAAAGAAAAGCGAAUACAGUUAUUGGCGAUAGCUAGUAUGUCCAACGUUAUUAAAUCUGCGCCAAUACGAAAGCCAACAGUUUACACGCAGCGAAAGAUUACCGAUGAGGAGAUGAAGGAGAGAUCACGUAAACGAUAUCUCCGACUGAAUGAAGUGCGAUUUAAACGGCGACAACAAGAACGACAAGAGGAAGCACGUCGGAAUAAGCUUAUGGCAAAAAUCUUUUGCAAGAGACUACAACAAAAAGUAUUGAGGGGCCAAGGAAAAUAUCUAGGAAAGUUAAAUUCGUAUCAUCACCAAGUUUCUGGCGAUGUCUAUGCUGUGGAUCAAUACACUUUACUGCUGACGUCUUUCAAUUACGAUGGUAAUGGGGCCGAUACAUUUUUUUGGGCAGGCGCAUCAAAUAGACCAGGUCCGCAAGGAUUUAUCGUCCCUGAUGAGUGGGGCAAAACAAAUAUAUUGGACCGCUAUUUUAACAAGGAUUUUACACUGAUCUUGCCGGAUAAUAAAAAAAUAACGGACAUCAAAUGGUUCGCAGUGUACGAUUUAGUGAGCCAGAACACCUUCGGCGAUGUCUAUAUUCCGGAAGAGUUUGACCCACCCACGCCUCAAAAAAUAUCACAACUGUCGAAAAGAUCUCACAAUGUCUCGUCAGAACCCAUUGUGAUCCUGGACGCGAAAACUAUCAGCAUCCCACAAUUCACCUACGACGGACAAGGUGUGGACACGUACUUUUGGGUCGGUCUUGGCCCGCAACCAUCCAGCAAAGGCCAGAAAGUACCCGAUGAAUAUGGAUACUUGGAUUCUCUUAGGUCAUAUAAUAAUGAAGAUAUCAUAUUGGAGCUACCAGGCGAUAAAACUGUUUUUAACAUAGAUUGGCUGAGUGUUUACGACGUAAAAACUAAGUCUAAUUACGGUUCCGUCAUUAUACCCAAUGGACUCAAUGUACCGCCGUCAUUGAUAAAAGUUCUCAAGCAAACCCAGUCUCUUCCGAAUUGCGUCCAGCUGCACAAGCGAUAUCAGAUCGCCUGGGAGAUCUUCGGUCCGCAGAUCACUAUUCAAUUAUCAGGUCAAGUCGCCAAAGACGAAUACAUGGCGUUUGGUUUAUCCGGUUCCGAGACCUCCAGUCAAAUGGAAGGUGCAGAUGUGGCUAUCGCGUACAUGGACGAUACACGAGGAUACGCUACGGAUUACAAUAUUACAGCAAAGGCGCCAUGUGGAAAAGUUUUGGGCCAGUACAAAGGAGUUUGCAGAGACGAGCUUCUCGGUGGUUUAGACAGCAAUCAGCUUUACACCGCGGUGAGAGAGGAUGACAUCAAUAUUAUUACCUACCGACGUACACUUAUUUCAUCCGAUGUCGGAGACAAAGAUUUUCCCACGGAUAAACCGGCGUACGUGGUGUGGGCCUUGGGCAGGCUCGAUAAAACUAAUAACGAACCGAGUUUCCAUGAUGUAUAUCCAAGAAGCGAUGUGAUACUCGAGUUGAGUCGUAAGGAGCCCGAGAAUACGUGCAUCGAUUUCACAGAGCAUAAUCGCAAAAUCUUCCCAAGAGAACCUUGGCAAAAAACAGAAAUAUUCGACAGAAGUGUUAGAACUUUCAAAGCAACCAUCGGGCCCUCCGGAGGGAAACGAGGAUAUCAAGGAAUCACAGGUAAAUCAUCGGUAGGUCUUGCUUGGUAUAUCGAAGGCGCAUUGAUACCAGAGUUAUAUUUACGACGAGGCUUGACGUACAAUUUUCGUGUUCACGGUGGAAAUAAUCCACACAGCGCGGAUCUUUAUCAUCCGUUAAUAAUAACCGAUGAACCUCACGGAGGAUAUGAUACGCUCAGUGAUCUUGCGCAAAGUAAGAUCAGGGUAUUGGCUGGCGUUGAACUGACUAGAAGAGGCCGACCGCGACCGACCGCGGUUGGGCCGCUUUGCUUAAGCAAGCACAACGGUCGAGACAGAAGACUGGAUGAUAAUUUCCCAUCAUUUAAAAAAUUCAACAGAACGCUCGUGCAAGUCUGCGAAUCAGGAGAAGGCGGUACUUUAGUAAUAAGUCCAAACUCAUCAUGGCCCGAUCUGGUUUAUUAUCACUCCUUCACGCAUCCAAAUAUGGGCUGGAAGAUUCACGUAGUCGAUUCUUACACGAAGAACGGUGCAAUCAUACAUAAAUUAUCAUUACUUAUUGCAAUUGUGACUGUAUUUCAUAGUCUAUUUUUAUAAAGUUGAAGAUUGUAGCAGAAAAAAAUUUUUCUAUUACCAAAU